CCCGGGCGGUCUCUAUCGGCGAGGUUGUGCGUCGACAUGUCUCACAGGAAGUUCUCCGCUCCCAGACAUGGGUCUCUGGGCUUCCUGCCUCGGAAGCGUAGCAGCCGGCAUCGGGGGAAGGUGAAGAGCUUCCCCAAGGAUGAUGCUUCCAAGCCUGUUCACCUCACAGCCUUUCUGGGCUACAAGGCUGGCAUGACUCACAUCGUGCGGGAAGUGGACAGGCCAGGGUCCAAGGUGAACAAGAAGGAAGUUGUAGAAGCUGUGACUAUUGUGGAAACCCCACCCAUGGUGGUGGUUGGUAUAGUGGGCUACGUGGAAACUCCGCGCGGCCUGCGGACCUUCAAGACAAUCUUUGCUGAGCAUAUCAGUGACGAGUGCAAAAGGCGCUUCUACAAGAACUGGCACAAAUCUAAGAAGAAGGCCUUCACCAAGUACUGUAAGAAAUGGCAGGACGACAUGGGCAAGAAACAGCUGGAGAAGGACUUCAACAGCAUGAAGAAGUACUGCCAGGUUGUCCGCAUCAUUGCGCACACCCAGAUGCGCCUGCUUCCUCUGCGCCAGAAGAAGGCCCACCUGAUGGAGAUCCAGGUGAACGGGGGCACCGUGGCCGAGAAGCUGGACUGGGCCCGCGAGAGGCUGGAGCAGCAGGUCCCAGUGAACCAAGUGUUUGGGCAAGACGAGAUGAUCGAUGUCAUCGGGGUCACCAAGGGCAAGGGGUACAAAGGUGUCACCAGCCGCUGGCAUACCAAGAAACUGCCCCGCAAGACCCACCGAGGCCUGCGCAAGGUUGCCUGCAUUGGAGCCUGGCAUCCUGCCCGUGUGGCCUUCUCUGUGGCCCGGGCUGGUCAGAAAGGCUACCACCACCGCACUGAGAUCAACAAGAAGAUCUAUAAGAUCGGCCAGGGCUACCUGAUCAAGGAUGGCAAACUAAUCAAGAACAAUGCCUCCACGGACUACGACCUGUCGGACAAGAGUAUCAACCCACUGGGUGGCUUUGUUCACUAUGGUGAAGUGACCAAUGACUUCGUUAUGCUGAAAGGCUGUGUGGUGGGAACCAAGAAGCGUGUGCUCACCCUGCGCAAGUCCUUGCUGGUGCAGACCAAACGGCGGGCCCUGGAGAAGAUUGACCUCAAGUUCAUCGACACUACCUCCAAGUUUGGUCAUGGCCGCUUCCAGACUAUGGAGGAGAAGAAAGCAUUCAUGGGACCACUCAAGAAAGACCGCAUUGCCAAGGAAGAAGGUGCAUAAAGCCAAGGCAUCCAGUGCACGUCCUGCCGGUGGUGGCAUCUUAAUAAACGUUCCCAAUGU